UUAAAAUCUGUCCUCUGGACCACAUACACAGCGGUAGCAUCAUGUCCAAGAGGCAUUCGGACACCUCCUUGGGAGAAAAAGCACUCCUUUUAGAGCACCAGCUGAGCUCAGAUUUGCACACCAGCAACGACACUGCCGCCACAUUCUCUCAUGGAAACUAUGGAUCCCUGUCCGCGCUGGACAAUGCUGUGUUUGCAGCCGCACUGCCAACCGGGCCGCAACGGAUCAUCCUCAGCACCGAAAGCCCUGCGGCGCUCAAGGUGGGCACCCAGCAGCUCAUUCCCAAGAGCCUGGCCGAGGGCACGAAAUCCAAAGCCCCCACGCGGCACCAGAGCUUCUCUGCAGCCGUCUUGAGCCAGGAGGCCUCCCGCUAUGACCCGAAGCGCAUGUCGGCCCCCAGCAUUUCCAUCGACGACCUGGAAAUCGAGGACUCCAGUGAAGGGACGCUGAAGCGCAACCUGCGCAAUAUGUCUUACCGGGCCGCGAUGAAGGGCGUGGGGGACGGAGAUGAAACCAAGCCGCCAAAGGCCAUCAGCGGUCUAAAGCCUCUGCCGAAAGAAGCCGUUGCCCAAGGUGCUCGUAGUCCUGGAAGAAAUAAGCGAACCUUUGGCCGGAAACGCAUGCCGCAUCAUAGAGGCUCGUUCAAGGAUGAUCCCCGCUUGUACCAGGAGAUCCGUGAAAAAGGCCUCAACUCUAUCAGCCACGAGUCGGACGAUGAUCUUCUCGACAUCCCGGAAGAGCCCCCAAGUUCAGACUCCAUUAUUGUGGUGAGCAAUUACCGCCCUGCUCAUGUCACCUGGAGCCAGCUCCCAGAGGUGCAGGAAGCAGGAAUUCUGGAUUUGAUAUCCCAAGAGGAACGCAAAAGGCAAGAGGCAAUUUUUGAGAUUGUGACUUCGGAGUAUUCCUACAUGAGGAGCCUGGAGAUCCUGGUCAACCACUUCUUGAAGUCCGAGGGACUGAAGGAGACCAUGACCCAGACGGACCACCACCACCUCUUCUCCAACAUCGGGGACAUCUUGGCGGUCAGCAAGAACUUUUUUGAGGACUUGGAAAAGAGGCACCAGGAGAACGUCCUGAUCCCAGACAUCAGCGACAUUGUGGCGGCUCACGCCAGCGACCAUUUCAAUCCGUACGUCAUCUAUUGCUCCAAUGAGGUCUACCAGCAGAGGACCCUUCAAAAGCUCUUAGCCACAAAUCCAGCCUUUAAGGAGACCUUGAAGCAGAUUGAGCAGAAACCAGAGUGUGGCAGCCUUCCUUUGAUCUCGUUUCUCAUCCUCCCCAUGCAGAGAGUGACCCGCUUGCCUCUGCUCCUCGAUACUGUUUGCCAGAAGACACAGAUGUACACUCCGGCUUACGAGGCUGCCACUCAAGCCCUGAAGGCCAUAAGUAAGCUUGUGAAGCAGUGCAAUGAAGGUGCCCACACCAUGGAGCGGACGGAGCAAAUGUGCACUUUGCAGAAGCAGCUGGCGUUUGGGAAAAUCAAGAACUUCCCAUUGAUUUCUGCAUCUCGGUGGCUGCUGAAAAGAGGGGAGCUCUCCUUGCUCCUGGCAGAAGAAGGAGGGAUUUUCCGGAAGGGCUUUGGACGUGGGGCCGGCUAUCUCUUCGUCUUCAACGACGUCCUGAUCAUCACCAAGAAAAAGAGCGAGGAGAGUUACACGGUCCUGAACUAUGCCAUGCUGGACCAAAUCUCGGUGGAGAAAAUGGAAAACCCAGAUGCUCCUUCAUCUCCGUCUGGGAAGCCCAGCUCGAGCGGCAUCUCCCGCAACGUCCACUUGUUCCGGGUCUCCAUGAACAGGGACAGCGAAGGCAAGCAAGAGACGAUUGUGUUGGCGGCAGAAACCCUAAGUGAUCGCGCCCGAUGGAUCAUGGCCCUGACACACAGGGAGGACAAGAAGACGAGCGCUGCAAACAAAGGAGAUCUCAAGCAAGUGGAGAUUACUCGGCCGUUCAUGGCUAAGCAGACGGAUGAGAUUUCCCUGCAGCAGGCGGAUGUUGUCUUGGUCCUGGCUGGAGAAGAGGGUGAGUAG